GCGCGAAGCCAUUUUUUCUCAAAGCUCAAAACAAUCAGCCGAGAGCGAGAGUCUGAGAAAGGCCAAGGCUGCAUUCAGGAGGAAAAAGGAAAGACGAAAAAGGGGUUGGGAGUGAAAUAAUAUUUGGCGGAGGCUAUUCUCCAUUGAUGUCUCUGCUGGCUCAGCAAGGAGACAGAAUGUCAAGCACGGAGCUCCAGGACACGGUGAAAAAAGCCCUAAACGCUCUCUAUCAUCGUCCCGAUGAUGCAAUUCGUUCGCAGGCCGAUCGAUGGCUUCAAGAUUUCCAGCGAACUCUCGACGCAUGGCAGGUGGCCGAUGACUUGCUCCAUGACCCCAAUAGCAAUCUAGAAACACUGAUUUUUUGUUCUCAGACUCUCAGAAGCAAGGUACAACGAGAUUUUGAAGAACUACCUUCCGAAGCUUUUCGCCCUUUACGUGAUUCCUUACAUGCCUUACUGAAAAAACUACACAAGGGUCCCCCUAAAGUUAGAACACAGAUUAGCAUUGCCGUGGCGGCUUUGGCUGUGCAUGUGUCUGCAGAAGAUUGGGGUGGUGGCGGUAUUGUGAAUUGGAUUAGGGAUGAAUUGAAUUCUCACCCAGAAUGUAUACCUAGUUUUCUGGAGCUACUCUCUGUUUUGCCUGAGGAAGUAUUCAACUAUAAAAUAGCUGCUCGUGCAGAAAGACGUCGCCAAUUUGAGAAGGAACUUAUUUCAUCAAUUGAGGUUGCUCUUAAUAUAUUGACUGCCUGUUUGAGUUUUAAUGAGCUCAAGGAGCAGGUUCUUGAAGCUUUUUCUUCUUGGCUUCGACUAAGACAUGGGAUACCAGCUUCCAUGCUUGCAUCCCACCCUUUGGUGCUUACAGCUCUUUCUAGUUUGGAAUCUGAGGUGCUUUCAGAGGCAGCUACUAAUGUCAUUUCUGAAUUGAUACACUACACUGCAGCUGGAAGCUCCGGCAAUCUUUCUGCCCAAUUGCCGUUGAUUCAAGUCCUUGUGCCGCAAGUAAUGAGUCUGAAGAGGCAACUAAAUGAUUCUUCAAAGGAUGAGGAAGAUGUGAAAGCAAUUGCUCGGUUAUUUGCUGACAUGGGUGAUUCUUAUAUGGAGUUGAUUGCAAAUGGUUCUGAUGAAUCAAUGCUAAUAGUGCGGGCAUUGCUAGAUGUUGCUUCACACCCAGAAUAUGACAUUGCUUCUAUGACAUUUAACUUCUGGCACAACCUUCAGGUUAACUUGACCGAAAGGGAUUCCUACUUAUCAUAUGGAAGUGAAACAUCCAUUGAAGCAGAAAGAAAUAGAAGGCUGCAAAUUUUUCGUCCAUCAUAUGAAUCACUUGUAUCUUUGGUUAGCUUCCGAGUUGAAUAUACCCAAGAUUAUCAAGACCUUUCAAGGGAGGAUCUCAAGGAUUUUAAGCAGACUAGAUAUGCUGUGGCGGACGUAUUAAGUGACACAGCAUCAGUUUUGGGUGGUGAGACGACAUUGAAAAUUCUUUACACGAAACUUGGGCAGGCUGUAGGCAAUUGCCGAAAUGACGAAUCUUGUGAAUGGCGCCCUGUGGAGGCUGCUUUAUAUUGUAUCCGGGCUGUAUCAAAUUAUGUUUCUGUUGUUGAAGCAGAAAUAAUGCCCCAGGUUAUGGCUUUGCUUUCAAAACUUCCUCAUCAGCCUCAACUGCUUCAGACAGUGUGCUUAACAAUUGGAGCAUAUUCAAAAUGGCUUGAUGCUGCACCAAAUGGAAUCGUAGUUUUGCCUUCGGUUAUAGAGAUUCUAAUGCAUGGCAUGAGCACAUCUGAAGAUUCUGCAGCAGCUGCAGCUUUGGCAUUUAGGAACAUUUGCGAUGAUUGCCGGAAAAAGUUAUGUGGGUCAUUAGAUGGUCUCUUCCACAUAUAUCAUAGGGCUGUCUGUGGGGAAGGUGGCUAUAAGGUCUCUCCUGAAGACUCACUGAAUUUGGUUGAAGCCUUGAGUAAGGUUAUUACAGAACUUCCUCUGGACCAUGCAAAAAGUGCCCUAGAAGCCUUGUGCCUGCCAGUUGUAACUCCUUUGCAGGAAGUAAUCAAUCAAGGGUCAGGAACAUUGCAACAAAUACUUGCACGUGAGCUUACUAUCCAUAUUGAUCGACUUGGAAAUAUUUUCAGGUAUGUAAAUCACCCUGAAGCUGUGGCAGAUGCAAUUCAAAGGCUAUGGCCAAUUUUUAAAGCCAUCUUUGACAACCGCCCUUGGGACAUGCGAACAAUGGAGGCUCUAUGCCGGGCUUGUAAAUAUGCUUUGAGGACUUCUGGAAGGUUUAUGGGAAUCACUAUAGGAGCAAUGCUAGAGGAGAUUCAAGGCCUAUAUCAGCUACACCAUCAACCAUGCUUCCUUUAUCUCUCAAGUGAAGUAAUAAAGAUAUUUGGUUCUGACCCUUCUUGUGCAAGCUACCUAAAAAGUUUAAUUGAAGCUCUUUUCAGCCAUACGACACAUCUACUGAUGAAGAUUCAGGAUUUUACAGCUAGACCGGAUAUAGCAGAUGACUGUUUUUUGUUGGCGUCAAGAUGUAUACGUUAUUGUCCUCACAUAUUUGUUCCUUCAGACGUCUUUCCGUCAUUGGUUGACUGUUCAAUGAUUGGGAUCACAGUACAACACAGAGAGGCCUGCAAUUCCAUAUUGACUUUCUUAUCUGAUAUCUUUGAUCUUUCAAGCUCUAGUUGGGGAGCAGAGCUCCCAUCAAUUAGGGACACCGUGGUACUCCCUCGAGGUGCAAGCCUCAUCAGAAUAUUGAUCGCCUCAUUAACUGGGGCACUUCCAAGUUCUCGAUUGGAGACGGUAACAUAUGCUCUGCUGGCGCUGACUAGGACUUAUGGUUCCAAGGCACUAGAGUGGGCAAAAGAGAGUGUCUCAUUGAUCCCACUGACAGCUGUUACUCAGGUGGAGCGUUCAAGGUUCUUUCAGGCAUUAUCGGAGGCAGCAGCAGGAGCUGAUAUCAAUGCCCUAAUUGUUCCUGUUGAGGAGCUUUCAGAUGUUUGCCGUCGCAACCGAACAGUUCAAGAGAUCGUACAAGGAGCCUUGAGACCACUUGAGUUGAAUCUCACACCUGUAUCCUAGUUAUGUAACAUAAGAGGUGAUUUUGGUUUAUAUAGGUUUACAUCUAUUUGAGUGAUAAUUAUUUGGUUUUGUAU